AUGGAGUGGUGUGGUGGAGCUCCUGGUCUCUGCCAGCUCUCUCUGAGUGAGAUUUUGGGUUUACAGGACCAGCCGAUGUGUGAGGAACAGGCCUGGGCGCUAUGUUAUCAGCUCUGUUCAUUACUGGAGAUCAACUUCAACACUAAUGGAACUCUCAGCUACAGUUCAUGGAAGAGUUUCAGACUUCCUGGACCUGAAGGAGUCCUGCUCUCACCUGAUGGAAGCAUCAGUCUCACAAUAGAAACCAGCAAGACAGAAGAUCAGUUGUUGGUACAGUCGGAGGAUCAGACUGUAGAUUACGUGGGCCGGCUCAUGUACUCGUGCCUGGAUUGGGGUCUGGACGCAGAUGUAGAGCGAGAGCUGGAUGAAACGCUCGAGGUGCUGGUGGGGCAGAUGACCAAAGUGGACAUCAGACUGGAUAACGAACACUGUCUUCAGUGCAUAAGCUCCAUCUCUGAGGUUCUGCAGGUUUGUGAGGAACGUCUCUACAACCCAAGCCAGGCAGCUAAACAUUACAGAAGUGUGUGUUCCAUGCUGUAUUCACACACCCUUGAACUUUGCCACUACCUGCAAGUCAUCCAGCAGUCCCGAGAGAAUCUGCAGAAAAUGAUCAUGGAAUCGGAGAGCAUGCUUGUUCCAAACGUCACCACCAACUUUGACUUUACAUGGAAGCACCUGAUUGAAGAGCUGAGCAGGGGUGUUGUCCUACGCCCCUCCAAAGAAAAAAUUAAUGGCCAUGCCCCAGUAGUGGUGGAUACGUCACCAUUUAGCCAGCUCCUUCAGGACAUCCAGUUCAGGCGCUACAAACUCCGCAAGGUUCCGGCAGUGGAGGACCGUGCUGUAGAGCAAUCCUAUAAAUCGGAUCCUCAUCAGACUUUGCUGAACGUUAUUCGCUCAGGACCCAAACUGCGCCCGGUUUCGGAGCGUAAUCUAAAGCCGAGAGCUCCGAGUCCCAAACACGAGGUCAGUCUGCAUGAACUACUGAUGCAGGAGAUCCGGUCGACCGACAAAAUGAAGCUGCUGACCUCGUGUAGGAGGAGACGGUCUAACACGGUGGACGAUUGUUGCUCCUCACUGAGCUCUCUCGCACCCACGGAUGAGAGUUCGUCAGAUGAUGACUGCACCUUUUUAAAUUAUUCGGCUCCUAACUCUGUUCGUAAGGAGGCGCGGUGUUGGGAAAGAUGUACAGAUGGUGCUUCACAUGAAAACAGCUUUACAGGUGCAGCUGACAGGACUCCAGGGUUCCUGCCCGCUUGCUCGUCCACGCCGGUGAAUUUAUCUGAGCCGCGCUCGCUAUUCAGAGGAAAGCCUCGAGCUCGAUCCUUCGCUGGAAACCAGGAGCUCGGCAAGCUUGCACAGAAGAACCACGUUCCUGUUCCAACAACAAUCGCUGAUGUCAUCGAGACGCACUACUCCAAAGAGAGGAAGUCCAAGGUGUUGUGUAAUGCCAACGGGAACUGGCGGGUCUGUUCCUGUUGUGCGAAGAGGAGCUUCUACUUCACGUGGCACAACUUCUGUUCUCUCUGUAGUAGGGUCGUGUGUUCAGCGUGUUGUGUGGAGCUGCUCCUGCCGUUCAAGUGGUGCGUCAACCUUCCCGUCGGCUUCUUCAAGCUGAUCGUGUUGGAUAGAGGGUGCGAGGAGAGCCGGAGGAACUUCUGGAACGAGCGCUGGACGUGGGAUUCAUCCUGGGUGCCGCUGGUUUGGGCGUCUACGCUUCCCACCUCCGCGUCUUCCCUCACUCUGGCUAUGCGGGACUGGCACAGUCAGGAGGUGUGUAUUGAAUGCCAAGAUCUUUUACAAGAGGUGUUUAAUUCUGUGCCCAGAUGCCCAAUCAGAGUCUCUCAAGAGAUAUGAACUCGUACUGUCCUUUUUAACGUCACUCUGUCCUGGUCUGUCGUCUCACGUCUGGCACCACAGCUUUUCUAAAUCGUUUUAUAUUUGUAUAUUGUACGUAGCUAAAGGACGCUUAGUAAUUUUUACAUGUUUUUUCUUCUUUUUUUCACAUCCACGUCUGAUUAUCGGUGCUUUUAAGCCCCCUAAACACUGUUCAGUCACUGUGGUGUCGUGUUUUUUGUUUGAGUUUGUUGGGAUGAGGUUGGUGGUUAUGAGCUGCAAAAUCACUGUGGCGUUUAAUCGUAACAGCGUUCUAGUUGUACAAAAUGAAUGAUGAAUAUUUUAUAUAUUUUUUAAAAACAGAGAAUAAAUAUAAGAUUUUUUGAUA